AUGCCGGAAGAGGAAAGCAAGAAGCGACCGCGAGACAACAUCGCCGAAAGCGAAAGUCUCAAGACGCCCAAACGCUUUUGGAAUCGCGAAAUCCCCUCCAGCAGUCACUAUCACGUCUCGUGGAUGCACGCACAGACGCUGACGGCGGUCGUUACUUCCACCAAAUACGGCUACGUCGUCUCGGCUUCACAGGAUGGUACGGUCAAGUUUUGGAAGCGUCUCGAAGUCGACGGUGAGCCGGUGGAAGGCCAACAUCCCUGUCUGGAGUUUGCCAAGUCAUUUACAGCCCACGCAGGUCCCGUGCUCGCACUCGCCAUGGAUCCCGACGAAGGAGUUUGUGCCUCCGUGGGGGCCGAUAACGUUAUCAAGUUUUACGACGUCAGCACAUUCGACGCGACCGCCAUGAUACGUACGGAACGACCGCUCGGUACGGCGUGCUGUUGGUUACGCUCGGCGAAUCGGAGUGAAACCUUGUUGGCGGUCGGUGCCGCCGACACGGGGGAUAUUUAUCUCCACGCACCCGACAGAUCGCGUGUCGUUCAAACAUUAACGAUGCACGGGUCCAAUAUUGUCACGUGCCUGGCCUACAAUGCGACACAUCAUUGCGUAGUUUCAACCGAUCAAAAAGGAAUUAUAGAAAUAUGGGAUUCUUGGGGGACUCCGGAUGUAUCGGAAAGAACCAGCGACGCAGAUGAAGGCACUGAGGACGAGAAAUUUGCCUUGCUUGUGGGAGGACCUCUGGUACCGAGCCGACACGGCAUCGUCUACGGAUCGAAAGUGGAUACUCAGUUGUACGAACUUGUUCGCAAAAAGACCUUUGCCACUGCUAUUGCCAUUGAACCGACGGGUGAGCAUUUCGCAAUUUACGGAUCCGAUCGGAAAAUUCGUAUUUUCGAACACCGUACCGGGAAAGUUCGCGUCACGUACGAUGAACGCCUCAAGGCAUACGACCGCAUUUUUGGAAACUCGCCGUUCCAUCUCGAUACCAUUGAAUACGGACAACGAGCGGCUCUGGAACGGGAAAUGGAUGCCGAAUCGACCGUGUAUUCGGCUGGCAUGGCACUGUCGAAGAGCGCACCGGUUGGAUGUGCGCCACAACGCAUUGCUUUCCAAUUUGAUGGCAGCGGCAAAUACCUGCUAAUUCCGGCACUCGUGGGUAUUAAAGUGAUUGAGUGGAGAAAGAACAAGCUCGUCAAAAUGAUUGGGCAGGCUGAUGCGAGCCAGAUGCGCUUCCUCUCAAUUUGCCUCUGUCCGGGUGAUGCCAAAGUAAAUCGUCAGUUGCAGCUGUCCCGCAAUGCUAGCAAAAAGACCAGCGCCGCGACCGAAGCGGAUGAAAUUGAACGUGCCAGUGAUGUGCUGUUAGUAGCACUAGCUUACAACCAGCGGCGCCUAUAUGUGUUUAGUCAGCUGGAUCCGGUGGACGAUCGGGAUGCGCCAGACAAUGUGCUGGUACGGAGAGACGUUUGGAACGAAGCGCCAUCCGGUCAGGAUCAAAUCCAUACCGAAAGUCGGCAUACGAACACUACAUCCCAAGCUUCUCGAGCUGUCAUACGGACGACUCUGGGAGACAUACAUCUGCAGCUAUUUUCGCAAGUACCCAAGACGAUUGAGAACUUUGUUGGGCAUGCCAAGUCAGGCUAUUACGACAAUGUCAUCUUUCAUCGAAUUAUCAAAGGUUUUAUGCUUCAGACUGGAGAUCCACUGGGAGACGGUACCGGAGGGGAAAGUAUUUGGGGUGGGGAAUUCGAAGAUGAGUUUGUGCCCGGUUUACGGCAUGAUCGUCCUUUCACUUUGUCGAUGGCCAACGCUGGCCCAAACACCAAUGGAUCUCAAUUUUUCAUUACGACAGUCCCUUGUCCGUGGCUAGAUAACAAGCAUACAGUAUUUGGACGGGUCACUCGCGGCAUGGACGUGUGCACGGUUAUUGAGAAUACAAAGACGGAUGAGUCAGACAAGCCUCUUGCGGACGUUCAGAUCCAAAGUAUUGACAUAGAGUGA